AUGCCUCGUAGAGACACUCCAUUCAACAAAGAACAAAGCUUCUUUCACAAUGACAACAAAACAGGGGCCCAGAAUUUCCAAUUUAGACAAGGACAUAAUAAGAAAUUUAAAGGAGGUCAACAAAAUAGGCAAUCUGGAUUCCAACAACAGCCACGAUGUCAAACUUGUAGAAAGAAUCAUUUCGGGGAGUGCAGGCUUCUAACUAAGAGCUGCUUCAAAUGUGGCAAGGGGGAUCAUUUUAUCAAAGAUUGUCCAUUGAUGAAGAACCAACAAAAGAAGGACGAACCUCAAAAGACAAAUGCUAGGGUGUUCACGAUUACUCAGACUGAUGCUGAUACUAACAACUCUGUGGUGUCAGGUGAUAUUUUUGUAUCUGGUAUUCUCACUCGUGCAUUAAUAGAUUCAGGUCCCACAUAUUCAUUUGCAUCUCUGACAUAUGUAAAAAGGUUGGGUAGAUCAUGUGAAAAAAUCUCAGAAGUUUUUAGUACAAUGUUACCAUCUGGAGAGAUUUUGUAUUCUACUCAUUGGUUGAGGGGGGUUCCUAUUUGCAUUGAUGGUAGGGAAUUAUAUGCUGAAAUAAUAAUGUUAGAGAUGCACGAUUAUGAGGCCAGGCGACUGUUGGAAAGUGGAUGUAUGGGUUAUCUCGCCAGUGUGGUUGACACUUAUAAGGAGCAAAAGUUAAAACCGAAAGAUGUACCGGUAGUUAGAGAUUUCUUAGAAGUGUUUCCAGAAGAUUUACCGGGAUUGCCUCCUGACAGAGAAAUUGAAUUUGUGAUCGAGCUACUUCCUGGUACAGCCCCUGUGUCCAAGAUUAAAGCUAUUAGGAAAUGGAAUAGACCAGCAAAUGUUUCAGAAGUAAGGAGUUUUCUGGGAUUAGCAGGCUAUUACCCAAGAUUUUUUGAAGGAUUUUCCAAGAUAGAAAUGCAAUUGACACAACUGACGAGGAAGAUUCAUAAGUUUGAAUGGUCUGAAGCUUGUGAGAAAAGUUUUCAAGAGUUAAAGCAAAGAUUGGUUUCUGCUCCAAUACUUACUAUUCCAUUUGGAUCAGGAGGACUUGUGAUUUAUAGUGAUGCUUCAAAGCAAGCAAAUGUAGUUGUAGACGCACUGAGUAGAAAAUCUCAUGGUAAUGUGUCAUUUUUGAGGAAAUUGACAAGACCACUUCAGGAGGACAUGUGUAGAGCGGAGAUUGAGGUAAUCAUAGGAAGAUUAUCAGUAAUGACUAUUCAGUCUACCUCGUUAGAAAGAAUCAAACAAGGUCAAUGUGAGGAUCCUUACUUGGUGGAACAAAAAGGUGAAUUGGAAAGUGGGAAUGUCAAUGAGUUUAGUGUGUCAUGUAAUGGGAUGCUAAAGUUCAAGGAAAGAGUUUGUGUCCCUAAUGAUGAGGAGUUGAAGAGAGAAAUCCUUACUGAUGCUCACAAUACUUUGUAUUCAGUACAUCCGGGGAUGACAAAGAUGUUUAAUGAUUUGAAAAGACACUAUUGGUGGCCCAAAAUGAGAAAGGAUGUGGUCGAGUUUGUAGCCAAGUGUUUAACAUGUCAACAAGUGAAAGCUGAACAUCAAAAACCUGCUGGUUUUCUACAACCAAUACAGAUACCAGAGUGGAAAUGGGAAGAGAUUACUAUGGAUUUUGUAGUUGGAUUGCCAAAGACUUCUAAACAACAUGAUACCAUCUGGGUUAUAGUAGACCGAUAUACCAAAUCAGCACACUUUCUUCCGGAGAUUGUUAGACUUCAUGGAGUGCUAGUAUCUAUAAUUUUAGACCGGGAUGCUCGAUUUACUUCAUUGUUUUGGGAAAGUUUGCAAAGAGCAUUGGGCACAAAAUUGAAGUUUACUACGGCAUAUCACCCCCAAUCUGAUGGAAAAUCUGAAAGGACCAUUCAAACUCUUGAAGAUAUGCUUCAAGCUUGUAUCCUAGAUUUUCAAGGAUCAUGGGAGAAGUAUUUGUGUCUGAUAGAGUUUUCUUAUAACAUUAGCUUUCAUGCAACGAUUGGUGUAGCACCGAAUGAAAUGUUAUAUGGUAGAAAAUGCAGGUCACCAAUUCAUUGGGAUGAAAUGGGAGAAAGAAAGUAUCUUGGUCCAGAUCUUAGUAGACAAAAGAGUUAUGCUGAUCGAAAGCGAAGAGAUGUGGAGUUCAACAUUGGGGACAAGGUAUUUCUGAAAAUUGCCCCUAUGAAAGGAGCAAUGAGAAAAGAGAAAGAGUUGAGAAAUAAGAAGAUUUCACUGGUUAAGGUCUUGUGGAGAAGUUCAAAUAUUGAGGAAAUGACAUGGGAACGGGAAGAUGAAAUGAGAUCCAAAUACCCAGAGUUAUUUGGGUAA